AUGACAGUUGCAGAGUAUACUCAGAAGUUUGACCGACUAGACAAAUUUUCUGCAGAUUUAGUCUCUACCGAUAGAGUCAGGAAGGAUCAGUUUAUUCGAGGGUUGAAACCAAUGAUAGCAAGAGAUGUGGAAAUAGUUUCUGCUGGAGGAAUUAUUUCUUAUGCUCAAGCUCUUGAUCGAGCACUUACUGCUGAGAGAAUGGAAGACAUAAUCUGGAAAGAUAAUACUGCCGAAAGAGAUGCUCAGAGGGAUUCUACAAAAGGUAAUCAAGAUAAGAAAAGGAAGAACAACAAAAGUACAUGGUCAGUAGUACCAGAUAAAAAGGCCAGAGACAACAAGGGUGGAAGUUGUUCUAGAAAGAGUUACCCCGAAUAUCCUACUUAUUCUGGUGCCACUCAUUCUUAUGUUGCUGAUAGAAUAGUGGACACAUUUGAUUGGCAAUGUGAAUUAUACGCGAUAGGAUUUGGGACCAUGUUACCAACCGGGGAGGUGGUGAUGUAUUUUGAUGUCAUCCUUGGUAUGGAUUGGCUUGCAAAGUAUGGUGAUACUAUUGAUUGCAAAAGUAAAAUGGUAAGAUUUACAUCGGAGGGACAAGAGCCAUUUAUGUUCAUAGGAGCCACAAAUGGAACAAGGAUACCGAUAGUGACAACACUUAAAGCAAGGAAAAUGUUACGAAAUAGAUGCAUGGGGUUCAUGGCUAAUGUGAUUGACACCAACAAGAAGGUAAUGCAAGAUCAUACAGAAACAAGAAUAGUACCAGAAUUCUUGGAUGUUUUUCCUGAAGAGUUACCAGGGUUACCACCUCAUCGAGAGAUCGAAUUUACUAUUGAAUUGGCACCGGAAACAACGCCAAUCUCAUGA